AUGACGCCACAGCCGCAACAUUUAUAUGACCAACCUAAAGAUUAUAUUUCUAGAGGUGGUUAUCAGGAUAUAAUGAAAGGUCAGUUUGAUACUGCAAAGACUCAGACUCUUUUGGAUCAAAAACUCUCACAUUCUAGCGACAGCUCAAACCAAAAUAAAGAUGAAGCUGGUUUUCUGGAUCCAUGGAAAACAAAUUCCAUGGAUCAAGAAGAUUAUACAAAAUCCAUUAAAUUCAAUAAGCCUUCACAAAAAGAUGAAACUGUUGAUAACGUAAAAAGUUCUAACAACGGACUUGACGAUUUACUCAAGAGUAGUUUACAAGCUUCUGAUUUGUUUCUCGAUCCAUUUGGUGAAGAGAAUGAAAAACUUAUCCUGUCAAAUUCCUCUUUGUCAGAAGAGGAAAAAAAAGCAAAGAUCAACAGUAUCUUUUCACGAGCUGCUAGCAAUGGAAAUGUUGAAAAAGUAUCUCGAAUGUUAGAUACUGCGAGAGAAUAUAUUGACAUUGACGCCCAAGAUGAAGAAGGAACUACUCCAUUGGUUUACGCUGCGUGCUUUGGGCAUGAUGCUGUUGCAUUCACAUUAUUGGAGGCUGGUGCAAAAGUGGAUGCUCAAGAUAGAUUCGGAUGGACACCAUUAAUGUGGGCUACCAAUAACAAUCACGAUAAAACCAUUCGAUUGUUUUUGGAUAACGGUGCAGAUGCUGGUGCUAAAUCGGCAAAAGGUAGAACCGUAUUCGAUUUUAUUCCACCUGAAAACCACAAACUUGCCGAAAUCUUUAUAGCUAAUCCUCAACGUGAUAGCUGGUCAAGUGUUAGUAGUAUUAGUCGAUGGUCUAUGCUUAGUGAAUCUGAACACAAAUUAGUAGAACAAUUAGCCGAAGCUGAAAUGAGAAAGAGAAUUUUAAUGGAAA